AUGGCGGAAAAAAUCCUUCCUGUGGCCAGCGCCCACAUCAACACCGAUGCGAAACAGGUGGAGACAAGAGUGGUUACCGGCGACGAGGCCUUCAACGAAGCACUGUUAAAGGAGCCACCGACGCCCUGGAGCAGGGGCCAGCUUAUGAUUUAUCUCUUCUCUCUGGUUGCCUUCUUCAACAGCACCGUCAACGGCUACGACGGCAGCUUAAUCAACAAUUUGCUUCAGAACCCGUCUUUUAUUGCAAAGUAUAAUGGGUCCAACAGUGGAAUCUGGGCUGGUAUCGUCUCAUCCAUGUACCAGAUUGGCAACAUUGUGGCUCUUCCUUUCCUGGCUCCAGUUUGCGACCACUUUGGCCGGCGGGCUGGCAUGGCUAGCGGUUCCGCUAUCAUCAUCAUCGGCACCAUCAUUCAGGGAACUAGUGAUGCUGCCGGUCAGUUCAUGGGAGGUCGCUUCCUUCUCGGCUUUGGAGCAUCGUUGGUAGCGACCGGUGGCCCCAUGUACGUGGUUGAAGUCAAUCAUCCUGCGUAUCGUGGUGUCGUUGGCGCAAUGUACAACACCCUGUGGUUCUCGGGAUCAAUUCUUUCAUCGGGAGCAGCGCGAGGGGCUGCAAACGUCGGUGGCGACUAUUCAUGGCGUCUAAUUACUUGGCUCCAGAUUCUCUUCCCGUCUCUCGUCCUAAUCUUCUCCUUUAUACUCCCGGAGUCCCCAAGAUGGCUCUACGUUCACAACAGAAAGGAAAAAGCCAAGGCCAUGCUCGUCAAAUACCACGGAAACGGAAACGAGAGCUCCCCGUGGGUAAGUCUCCAACUUCGUGAAUACGAAGAAUGCCUAAACAUGGACGGCGCCGACAAGCGCUGGUGGGAUUACCGUGUUCUCUUCAGAAAGGGAAACUUUUACCGCCUAUGCUGUAACUUGAUCGUCUCCGGCUUUGCGCAACUUGCCGGCAACGCCGUGCUGUCCUACUUUCUGGGCUCCGUCCUCGACUCGGCCGGUUACACAUCGUACCUUGCCCAGGUGAAUAUUACGCUCGUAAACAACUGUGUGCAGUUUUUAUGCGCCAUGUGCGGAGCACUGUUGGUUGACAGGGUUGGUCGGCGGCCGCUGCUGCUUUUCGCCUUUACUUCGUGCACAGUUGUGUGGCUGGGCAUGACGAUUGCGACGUCGCAGUUUGCCGCGUCGUACGCGGGCAAGGAUGCUGGCGGUGCAUAUGUGUAUACGAAUGGGGCCGCCAGUAAAGCCGCGCUGGCUAUGAUUUUCUUAUUCGGCGCUGCGUUCUCGAUUGGUAUCACGCCAAUACAGGGACUGUACGUUGUUGAGGUUUUGAGUUUUGAGAUGAGAGCCAAGGGCAUGGCCAUGUCGAAUUUAGCGGUCAAUCUUGCCGGCUUACUCAACCAGUACGCUUGGUCAGUAUCCAUGAAGAAUAUUGGAUGGAAGACAUACAUUAUCUUCACAGUCUGGGACGCAAUUUCCGUCAUAAUUAUUUACUUUACAUUGCCCGAAACAAAGGGUAGAACCCUCGAAGAGUUGGAUCACAUCUUUGCAGCAGAGAAUCCUGUCAAGGCGUCCACAUCAAAGAAGGAGAUUCUAGUCAGCCGGGACGGAGAUGUAGUCGAGAUCAAGGAGGCGUCAACUUGA